GGUCGUGGUCGUAUUGUGAGACGCACUUGUUCGAUUGCAAUGCGUAGAGUGAUCGUCAUUCGUGUAAGUUAUUAACUGUUUUUCUCAACGUGGUCUAAACGAUUUAAACGCGUUUGAUUAUAACUUUUUGGGUUUGGUUGUGAGUAGAAUCAUUCAUGGCACACUUCAAGGAAUAGUGGAUUAUGUAAAUAUUUCAUGCAAAUGUUUUUGUGCUGUGAUUUUAAAUAGUGUUAAGUGAAAAGUGCUCAUCAAAGGAGUAAUUGACGUCAAAAACCAAGGCAAGAAUAGACGCCGCCAUGCAGUCCUUUAAGGCCGACGAGUUGCCGGAAAAUCCGCGUGAACGUGCCAACCCGGUAUCCGAUCUUCUGUUGUGUUUCGUUCUUCCGAUGUUUUUCAAGGGACGCAAAAAAACAUUAGAUCAAAAGGAUCUCUACCGAGCGCUAAAAGAACACAAAUCAGAAACGCUCGGUAAUAAAUUGAAUAAAGCUUGGGAGGCGGAGCUCGAGAGUAAGCGACGCAAAAAUAAAGAACCCAGUUUGCUUUUAGUUGUGAUGCGGGUAUUUGGAUUGCGUUUUGCAGCUUUAGGAGGACUUUUGUUCCUACUUGAAAUCGGACUACGCUCGACACAACCGUUGUUCCUCGGUGGCUUGGUCAAUUAUUAUGCGAAUUCCUCCAAUAAAGAUGAUAAGUACAAGGCAUACCUCUAUGCUAUGGGUGUGAUAGUCUUCAACGCUGUAAAUGUAUUGUUCAGGCAUCCAUAUAUGCUGGGCAUCCAACACAUUGGCAUGAAAGUGCGCCUCGCCAUGUGCAACUUAAUUUAUCGGAAGGCGUUGCGCCUGAACAAAACUGCCCUGGGCGACACCACAACUGGCCAGGUAGUGAACCUGAUAUCGAACGAUGUUGGACGACUGGAUACGUCCAUCAUGCACGUGAACGUCUUAUGGGUGGGUCCGAUAGAGAUAACCGUUGUAGCUGUUCUCCUGUAUAGAGAAAUAGGUGUGGCGUCACUGUUCGGUAUCAUGGCCAUGUUACUCUUUGUGCCACUGCAGUUAUAUCUUGGCAGAAUGACGUCGAAACUGCGUUUGCGUACGGCACUGCGCACUGACGAGCGCGUACGCAUGAUGAACGAAAUCAUCUCGGGCAUACAGGUGAUCAAGAUGUACGCGUGGGAGAAACCCUUUGGCAAGAUGGUGCAAUAUGCGCGUCGCAAAGAAAUGAACGUCGUACGUAAAAAGAAUUAUAUUUCCGGCACAAUACAAAUGUUCUCCAUGUUUAUGACGCGCGUGUCCGUCUUUGUCAGUCUGGUGACCUUUGUGCUUCUGGGAAAUUUUCUCACUGCAGAAAAAGCUUUCGUAGUCACUGCUUUUUAUAGCAUUUUGCGCAACCCAAUGGUUGUAUCCUUUCCAAAUGGUAUCCAGCAAAUCUCUGAGACACUCGUUUCCUUAAAACGUAUAAAAAAAUAUUUGUUGUAUGAUGAAAUUGGCGGUCGCCCGACGAAUAAGGAAAAUGGCUACAGUCAAAUCAAGCAAGUAGAUGACUUGAAUGGGAAUCUAAAGUCGACGCAAUCAACGCAAGAGUUAACACCCAAAGAAGCCAGUAUUGAGAUACACAAUUUGAUGGCCAAAUGGGAUGCUACGGGGCCGGAAUACACCCUGAACAAUCUCGAUUUGAAGGUGCAACCGCAAACGUUAGUCGCAGUUAUUGGGCCAGUGGGUUCUGGGAAAUCAAGUUUAAUUCAAGCCAUUAUUGGCGAACUACCCGUCGAAUCAGGCUCCAUUACUGUGAACGGUUCCUACUCGUAUGCCUCUCAGGAGCCUUGGCUGUUCACCGGCACUGUCCGCCAAAACAUACUUUUCGGUUUACCAAUGGACAAGAUCCGUUAUCACACUGUGGUGAAAAAAUGUGCUUUGGAGCGGGAUUUCGAGCUGCUGCCCUUCGGUGACAAGACGAUUGUGGGCGAACGUGGCGCCUCACUUUCGGGCGGACAAAAGGCGCGCAUUAGCUUAGCACGCGCUGUGUACCGUAAAGCCGACAUUUACUUGUUGGAUGACCCGCUGAGUGCGGUAGACUCACACGUCGGCCGACAUCUCUUUGACCAGUGCGUAAGUGGGUUUCUACGUAGAAACAUUGUUAUUUUGGUAACACAUCAACUGCAGUUCCUGGAGAAUGCCGAUCUCAUUGUUAUCAUGGAUAAAGGUAGGAUCAGCGCUGUGGGCACCUAUGAUUCAAUGCGCAGUACUGGCCUCGACUUUGCCAAUUUAUUGACGGCACCCGAUAUGAGUAACGAGGAUGACAACGAGAGCGCUGCUGAAAUGAAGAGCGCAUCAAGUCAGACGCACAUACAACGUCAGAACAGUACUGCCACAUUGGAUGGAUCAGUGGCAGACUCUUUGCUUGAGGAAGCUGACUCGUCACUGCAAGUGCAGGAGAGCCGUGAGGUGGGCAAAAUCGGGUGGGGAUUAUAUAAAAAGUAUUUUGGUGCCAGCGGCGGCUAUCUCCUUUUCUCAAUAACUAUGUUUCUUUGCAUAGCAGCGCAGAUGUUGGCAUCCGCUGGUGACUUUUAUGUAUCGCUUUGGGUAAACAAAAAUGAGCAACAAUUAGUUAGUCAAGAGGCCGGGCGCGAUGUUGCGAGCGCAGCUGUCAAUGGAACAGAUACAUCCGAUUUGCGCUUGAACAGUGACACUGACUAUGUGGACAUUUAUAUAUUCUUUAGCAUCAUUUUGGCUACCAUCAUUUUUUCUUUCGCUCGCAGUUUGCUCUUCUUCACCAUGGCCAUGCGUUCCUCGACGGAAUUGCACAAUGGCAUGUAUCGAGGCAUUACACGCGCGGCGAUGUACUUCUUCCACACGAACCCCUCAGGUCGUAUACUGAAUCGCUUCGCAAAGGAUUUGGGUCAAGUGGAUGAGAUAUUGCCAUGGGUCAUGAUGGAUGCCAUACAGAAUUUUCUGAGCUUAUUUGGUAUUGUUAUCGUCAUAUCGAUUGCGAACCCAGUGAGUCUGGUUGCAACAGCAGUCUUGGCACUCGUUUUCUAUUUGAUGCGUGUAUUUUAUUUAAAUACCUCACGUGAUGUGAAACGUUUGGAAGCAGUUACGCGCUCCCCAAUCUACUCCCACUUGAGUGCUUCACUGAACGGCCUACCGACGAUACGUGCAUUUGGCGCUCAAAAAAUGCUAAUAAGUGAGUUUGAUAAUUACCAGGACUUGCACAGUUCGGGCUACUACAUGUUUUUGGUAACAAGUCGCGCCUUUGGCUACUGGCUGGACUGCCUCUGCGCGCUCUACAUAGCUGUUAUUACACUGAGCUUCUUUAUUUUAUCGCCCGACAAUGGUGGCACCGUUGGCUUGGCCGUCACUCAGGCUAUGGGCUUAACAGGCAUGGUGCAAUGGGGUAUGCGCCAAUCUGCUGAGCUCGAGAACUGCAUGACCAGUGUCGAGCGUAUGGUGGAAUAUAAAGAAAUUGAGCCUGAAGGAGAACUGGAAAGUAAAUCUGACAAAAAACCACCUAAGACAUGGCCCGAACAGGGUAAAAUCAUUUUUGACCAACUCAGUUUGCGCUAUUUCCCCGAUCCUAAGUCUGACCGUGUGCUAAAAUCACUAAGUGUUGAAAUACAACCCACUGAAAAAGUUGGUAUUGUGGGGCGCACCGGUGCCGGCAAGUCGUCACUCAUCAAUGCGCUUUUUCGGCUAUCUUACAAUGAAGGUUCGAUUAUCAUAGACAUGAGAAAUAUUGAGCAGUUGGGCUUGCACGACUUACGUAGCAAAAUCUCUAUUAUUCCACAAGAGCCAGUGCUCUUCUCAGGCACAAUGCGUUACAACUUGGAUCCAUUCGAUGAAUACGCCGAUGCGAAAUUGUGGGAAGUGCUUGAGGAAGUUGAACUGAAGGAUGUUGUGGCUGACCUGCCGAGUGGUUUACAGAGCAGAAUCUCGGAAGGUGGCACCAAUUUCAGCGUUGGCCAACGGCAGCUGGUGUGUCUGGCACGCGCCAUCCUGCGUGAAAACAAAAUUCUGGUGCUAGACGAGGCGACGGCAAAUGUAGAUCCACAAACUGAUGCAUUCAUACAACUGACAAUAAGAAGUAAAUUCAAGAAUUGCACGGUUCUCACAAUUGCACAUCGCCUACACACAAUUAUGGACUCGGACAAAGUGUUGGUCAUGGAUGCGGGACGUGCGGUGGAAUUCGGCGCACCAUUUGAAUUGUUAACUGAAAGUAAAACUAAAGUAUUCUACGACAUGGUUAAGCAAACUGGGAACAGCACUUUCGAAAAUCUGCUGAUGGUGGCACGAAAGGCAUAUGAAGAGAAGUGGGAGGAUGCAAAGAAAAAAUGAGCAACGUUUAACUUCUUACAACCGACACUGCUGUGACUGUAAAUUUUGCAUUUGUAGAUUUUAUACAAAAUAUUACAUACGUAUGUAUGUGUGUAUAACUCCGUUUGUACAUAUGUAGAUACAAAUAUAUAUAUAGGUACUGCCCGGCUGUUCAGAAAUGAUGCGAACAAGCCAACAAAACCCUUUAAACAUUAAGAAAAAGUGCAAUGCAAUAAAGCCACCAUAACUUUGGAGGCUUUUCACUAUGAACUCAUGCAAUUAACUUUGUGCAGUACUUACAUAAAUACAUAGAAUAAAUUUUAUAAAUAUAUGGAUAUGUAAUCUACCUAUUUUGAUUAUGAAAAUAAUUUGUACUUAAAUAAAACUUAUACAAAUACAUA